ACGUCGCAUUAACGCAAGUGGUCAGAGAAGUCCACGUAUCACCACGCGUGACGUCACCGAUCAUGCGAUCUUACAUCAUCCGUCUCUACCCCAAGGCGGCGACAUCAUGGAUCCUUUCCACCAGUAGCGACUCGAGCGCCUAGUUCGCCGUGAGAAUCGGAACUUUUGCCGGGCGGUCGUCUCAUGACUGAGCUGUCUCGACCUGUGCUCGUAAUCCGUCCUUUAAUGAAUCACCAUAACGCCUCGCCGGGUGAAAGGAUAAUCCUGAAAAGUGGCAGUUAUAGUUCUUUAGAGACUGCAUGGGCACGAAAUAAUCGUCGUAAGAAAAUGUCAAGAAAGCGUACGAGAGGCGAAACUAUGCUGAAUUCUACUUCAUGUCCCACUGAACAAAAUGGGGAUUAUACAAACAGUUUGAAAGAAGACUCUCCUGAAUUACCAUCUAUUUGCAAAGAGGCCCCAUUUAGCGAUGACCCAGAGGCACAAAUUUCACGCGAAGAGUGCGACUAUAACACAAAGAUCACAUUGGCAAUGGCUAAGAGUGGCAAAGCUCCCAGAAGAGUGAGAGUCUACGCAGAUGGUAUUUACGAUCUGUUUCAUCAAGGGCAUGCUCGACAGCUUUUACAAGCCAAAAAUAUAUUUCCUAAUGUAUACCUCAUAGUAGGAGUAUGUAACGAUGAGUUGACCCAUAGUAAAAAAGGAAGAACUGUGAUGACGGAUGCUGAAAGAUACGAUGCAGUCAGACAUUGCCGUUAUGUGGAUGAGAUAGUAAGAGAUGCACCCUGGGAACUAGAUGAUGAUUUUAUUGCGAGUCAUAAGAUCGACUUUGUUGCCCAUGAUGAUAUUCCCUACAUGACUGACAGUGGUUCGGAUGUCUAUGCCGCAUUGAAGGAGAAAGGGAUGUUCGUUGCUACACAGAGGACAGAAGGUGUGUCGACUUCGGACAUUGUUGCAAGAAUAGUAAAAGAUUACGAUAUUUAUGUCAGAAGAAAUCUAGCACGAGGAUAUAGUGCGAGAGAAUUGAACGUUUCUUUUCUCAAUGAGAAAAAGUUCCGUCUUCAAAACAAAUUCGACGAUUGGAAGGAUAAAGGAAAGCGAGUCGUGGAAAACAUAGGGGAGAAACGCGUAGACAUGUUCAGCAAAUGGGAGGAAAAAUCUCGAGAUUUCAUCGAUGCCUUCCUUCUGCUAUUCGGAAGGGAAGGCCGAUUGUCUGCAAUUUGGAACGAGGGUAAGGGUCGAUUGAUGCAGGCCCUUUCACCUCCAGCUAGUCCGAAAAGAGAUGGUAGUCCGAAUAGCAGUAACGGCAGCCAUAACGAUGAAGAUCAAACAAGCCCACCGCCAAAGAAGACCGGUCGGUAUGAAUUUCCAGAGAGCAAUCACUACCUCAGCGAUGACUACAGCGACGACGAAGAAGUAGCUCAGCGUUCCAAGUAAAUCGAUCACGGUUUGAAAACGAACUGUCUUUCCGCUCGGACCAAAAGCAAAACUAGCGCCGUUGCAUCUUUCGAAGACUGUCGAAUUAAGCGUUUCUAGGUCCGUCUACGAGCUUCAUAUUACGUAUCUCAAGCUCGAAGAUAGUUUUCCUCAAGUCGUACAGGGUCGAGCGCAUUAAUGGAAGUUAGAAUGGGAAGUCGGUAACUAUUUGCGGACGAAUAUUCGUUCUGUGCUCGGGAACGUUGCAAUGGAGCCCGAACGCAUUUUGCCCGUGCGAGAACGAUUUAGAAGAUUCCUCCGCACUUCGAAAGUUUUCCAUAAACUUGGACAGUCGAUUUGAGCAAGUACGUCGUGCAAACCUAAUUAUUAGCUGAUAUUGUAUAUAUCGUGCCAAUUGACGGCAGAUUCUAUAUCCUUCAGAUCUGACAUACAUUCGUUGAUUAGCCUUGAUUGUAUCCAAUCUCCUUUUAAUGAUUUCAUCGUGAUAUGUAGAAUCGAGUUUUUUCUUUUUUAACUUGAUCGCUGUUUUCUAUGAACAUUUUUUUUUUAACAGAGAGAUCUCUAGAUUAGAUGAAUGACCUACGGUUGACCUAAAGCAUUGUGUAUUCGGUCCAAUUAUAUUACCGUCGAGUUAUCGUAAUGUUAACGUAGGAAGAUGCGAGACCUUAUGGAACUCCUAGGGAUGCAAAAAUAAAAUGAUGAGACGGUACGCUGAGAUGUCGGUACGUUGUUACAAUAUAAGGCAUUGGUGCUAAAGUAUCGAUUUGUAGAGAUAUUAAUACGUGAAACGUCAAGUAUCGGUAUUUUCGACGUAUCGAUCAUUUAUUCCCGGUCCAAUGUUUUAUUUCCAUGCCGUUGAAAGAUUUAUGUUCUGCGGAACAUGAUAUUUUUUAAUAGCUAGAGAUUAGGAGAACGAAUAGAAACCAAGGAUUUUCGAUUCGGGGGGGGUGAGGAUGUAGGGAAGAUAUUGUGAUUCGCAAACUUUUGCAACGGAUAUAAACUAUUUGCUAAACAUUGGGAGUUGUAUCAGCAUCUGGAGACUGCUAUUUGGGCCUGCGUUAAUUCCGUUAAGAUUGGAAUCAAAUACUUUUAAUUACGUUCGUUGUUUGGCAUUUGAGUAUUUGAUUCUUAACGUCACAACAUAUGUACGAGUAAAAUGUUAAAAUCGAGUGUUAAAGACUCGUGUAAUGUUAGUUAUGAGACGUGUGUAUCCACGGAGUGUGUACGUCCCUCGGGAGGAUUCGGUUAUUGUUUAACUAUCGUGACAAUACUUUCACGAUUCAUUUUAACGAUUAAUGCAGAAACGAUAAAACCUUGGACGCAAGUUCCGUUGGAUUUCGGAAAAUAUAAAAGUUCAUUUGCCAAGAUAACUCUAAACAAUUCGAGAGCGUGAUGCGUGUAGCUGAUUAUUCACUAAUACGAUUGCACCGCGAAAGAACGAUUUAUGAUACUAUUAGUCAACGGAACUAACAAUCGCGACCACCGAAUAUAAUUUAUAACGUUUCAACAUUUUUUACUUUCAUACUUUUCAAGAAAAGGAGAAACACAUUUCACGCGAACAGUUUCAUUUCCUUAAGUACCGCAUUUGUUACACAUUUAUGAUAUACUCAGACAAAAGUAUUGUAAUAUCGGUUAAUUCGUAAUCGCUCUUUUUGCAUCCCUAACUAUAAAUCUACUUAUAAACGAAUGCUAUUUCUUCGGUACGACAGAAAUUCAAAUGUUAAUUAGAUGGCAGUCGCGUUUUAGAAAAGAAUCGUCAUUUUCAGUCAUCGGUACGUCAUACAUCAAAUGCCGUCAAAUUCAUUGAAAAAGAAAAAAGGAAAAAAAAAGAACAUCAAGGAAGGGCGAGUAUGUACGACUAACGGUAUUUUUUUUUUUUGUUGUAACUGUGAUGAAAGGAAUAAGUAACUCUGACAUGUCAGAGGUGCUCAGAACUUGUUAAGGAGGUACAAUAGUUAGUACGUAAAAAUAGAUUCCUAGCACAGACUCGUUAUGCGUUGUGGUUUAUAAGCACUUGUUGCUGAAAUUUAGAAAAACACAUGUUUAAAAUUCAUUCAAUUACGUUCCAUUCGGGUAAAUAUUUAAAGAGUAAUUGCUCAAUCUGGCUGGUAUGUUGCAUUGAUGAUUUUCCUGAAUACCCCUGUAAUUAGAUUUGGGGUGAAAAAAAAAAGUGUCAAAGGCAUAUUUGCCCUGUAAAUUGUCUUUUUAUAAAUUUCAGUAAAGUGCCUUCUCCUAACAAUGAUUGUAGUCAUAGCCGACUAAAUUGUUACACGAGCUGAAGAAACAGAAAGAGAGGGAAAGUAACGAUAAAUACGAUUGGAAUACCACGAGCGAAGAUGCACGAUUUCAUAGCGAGAGCGAUAUAUUUAUAAUCAUCGAUCGUAAUUCUUUGUUUGCGCAUCGUCAUCGUACAUAAUGGCUUUCGCAUUACAUUUUAUAUAAACGUCGCGCUUAUGAAUUGUAAUUAUAUUAAUGUGUGUCGCACAUCUGAUAAGGCGCGCAAGAGUUAUACUAAGAGAAUUUGGAAUUUGUUUGUCAGUAAAAAGGUCUACUGAAUAAUGUCGAAGAGAACACUAGUUGACCGGUAGUUGAUGAUUUCUUGUAACAGGUAAUUCUUUGACUCGGUAAAAAAAAAUUAUCUACGCUAUAUUCAAAGGAAUAAUUCAUUGAUUAACUAAUGAGCGAACGGACGGUUCCAUUAGUGAGUGCUUGGCUUAAGAUCGUCUCAUUAAAAACUAAUGGAAGAUAAGUGAAACCUUUCGAAAGACACAAGGAACAUUGGUUCCACUAGUUUUGUCGAUAUUACAUUCAGUAACAGAUCCACUGAAAUGUUUCCCCUAGCUCGAACGGUUUAACUUAUCUCUUAUCAAUUUUUAUGUAAAAUAUUGACGUCUCAGGGCGGUCAAUUGCAAAGACGGCGUAAGAAAUGAUAAAGAUGCCCUUGUUCCUUCUCACGUACCAGCGGUGCCUAAUUCCAUUAUAAGUUUCAGGGCGGACAAACGUCGCGCAUGUAGAUAAUAUUUUUUUAGAUGAUCGCCUACGAUCCGAGAAACGCACCAAAGGGGGGGGGGGGGGGGGAAGAACAAAUCAAAACAAAACACGCCGCCAAAAGGUGUUUUAAAUUUCUUUUUUUUUUUCUCCAAACAGAUCUGCCAAGAAAAAACUAGCAUUGUCGAAUAAAUCCAAAAAAUCAUGCAGCGUAAUUCUCGAAGGUAUAAUAUCAAAUUACUGUUAAACUUGAUCGUAAAUAUCUGUUUAUCGCUAAGUGAGAAGAAAGUAUAUAAAGAUCUUUUUCAUGUAUGUUUCGUAUAAAAUGGCUUCAAACUAAUGUCCAUACUUCAUUGUGUCCAUUAACGCGAUAAUGAUACGAUUUGUAUAGUUUACUCGGAUGCGUAGGGAUCGCUCGCAAAUGCGUAAUGUCUCCUCCGCUAAACAGUCCUCGUUAGAUUUACCCGCUGUAGAAAAAUACCUUAUGUCUCUACGUAUUACGUUGUACAUACUAGUAUUUUAUUUAUUGACACACAUCCAACGCCACCGCACGCUGUUGUUAUUAAUUCCGAAUAUGUCGAAAUGUCGAGAGAGAGAGAGAGAGAGAGAUGUCGAUACUGUUAUCAGGAGAUUUAUGUCGCGUUGUAGUGAGCUUUCCGCUUUCGCGUUUGUCGGCGAGACGCGCCACUUUUAACGGGGGACAAUAAACAACGUAUUUUAAGCGGCACGCAGUGGUUUUUCGUCGAAUGCGUCGUUUAUAAGUACAAAAGUACAUUCAACCGUUUUAAUGAAUCUCGAAUAAAAGUGAUUUGCUGCUACGACAACGGGGGACUUGCUCGCAA